GGCGGAAGGUUGCGAUUCCACCCCUGUUUUUCAGGAGGGGCCUAGCUAGAAUUCCUUAUCCCUCUUAUCUUGCAGGUCACUGCAAUAGCUGGGUGGUUGUGUCGUGGUGGUGCAGUAUCACGAUGCAGAGGAAGCGUUGACUGAUCCACAGGAAAGGGACCCUCUUGCAGAAGGGUCCCGAUUGCUUUGCAGAGGAUGGGGCUUCCCUGGGAACUGCAGUGACCGUCACUGCCUCUCUUGUGCGGCUGACCCCUUCGUGCAAGAGUUUAUUCUCCAAGCUUCUGAUGUUUACUAGUCGUAAAUCAUUAAUCCAGCAAAAUGGUUACAUCCACUGAGGUCUGUUGAAUGGGUUGCUGCAAUCUCAUUAGCUGCAGGAGCAGUUGCUGUUGGAUAUCUAGCAUACACAAGAUUCCUCUCUAAAGACAAAUGCUGCAAGGCAAUGGUAAAUCUCCAUAUACAGAAAGAUAACCCCAAGGUAGUCCAUGCAUUUGAUAUGGAAGAUCUGGGAGACAAAGCUGUGUACUGUCGUUGCUGGAGAUCUAAGAAGGUGAAGAGGAUACAUCAGGUUGAAAUAGAGUUGGGAGAAGUUCCUGGAACUGGUCCUACCUUCUUAUCCCAGAGUGAUGGGAUUGUAACUUUCCACAGCAAAUUUCCAUUGUGUGACGGUUCUCACACGAAGCACAAUGAGGAAACUGGGGACAACGUUGGGCCUCUGAUCAUCAAGAGAAAGGAAGCAUAAACUGGAUGGUUUGAGGCCAUGAUUUGUCACAUUAUCUGCUUAUUUGUAAUGGGAGUAAAGAAGUUCUGUCUUAGUCAUGUCACUGAAGAUUUUUGGGUGUGGUACAAAGUAGGCUCCAGCAUGUGUAUUUCAUGGUGCUUGCCUUGUUUUAAACACUAUAUAUGUAAAAUAUUAAUGGCUUAUGGCUAUUUGUCUCCUGAACUGUGUGUACAUUUUCAUUAAGUAUGAAAUUAAAGUGACGAUUGUACUCAGAACUGUAUGAAGAUACUAUAUUAAAUUAUUCUCAAAUA